CGCCAGACUUUGAAGCGGAAUACACGCGUCCCCGGUCGAUACCGGAACUGACAACCCGAGAGUCUCAUGCCAGUCGGGCACCUAAAAUUAAACUGGCAGCCCAAGCGCGGGCCCUUUAACUAGUAUUUCGGAGUGAAUCUACGUAAUUACGACACGUACUCGUCGUCAGUCACGGCGUCAAUCCGAUUUUCAAGACGUUGAAGAAGAAAUUGGUUCAACCGCGGGACCGACGCCAACAUUUACCGCAAACACCAUGGCGUCAUUACAAGAAAGUCAAAUGGCAGCAUUCGAACGCCUACUCGACCGAGUUUUUGAGCAUAAAACUCAACUCGAAUCAUCAGCAACACCGACGUCGGAGCCGACAUCGCCGCCUUCCUCGACGCCCGCUCACCAUUCUGGGAACUUCGCGUCAUGCACGGCGCGGUUCAGCGGAGCGCCCGGCGACUCACUCGACGGUUUCCUUGACGCGGUCGAAUCAUACAAAGAUUGUGCUGACGUAGGACACGCCAUCGCGUUACGAGGACUCUCGAUGUUACUAACCGGAAAUGAAGCCGUGUGGUGGCAAGGCGUUAAAGCUAGCAUCACUUCCUGGGACGACGCUUUAUCAUCGUUACGAAGCGCUUUCGGUGAUUGCAGACCGCCCCAUCGAGUCUACUUAGAGCUCUUCAAAAUGUCGCAAGGACAAAGAGAGAAGACGGAGAUCUUCGUUGCCAGAGCACGAGCCCUGCUAGCUCAACUCCCACCUGGUGACCUUAAUGAGAAAGUUCAAAUUGAUAUGCUUUACGGCCUUCUACACCGUCGUGUUCGUAAAAGAUUAAGAAGAGACGAAAUAACUUCAUACGACACGUUAUUAAAGAAAACGCGCCAUAUCGAGGACUCCAUCUACGAGACCAGUCCGCCUGAAUUUAUUCAUCAUCCUCAGCGAGCGACGCCACGUUCAUCGGGUAGUACCGUAGGCGAAGUUCCCGCCGGUGCUUCGACUUCGGCGCGGAUGACGCCGCGGAAAAUAUUCAACUCGGGCGCCGCUGGCGGCCCGCCACGCGACGACAGCGCUGCGCCGAGCACCGUUCGAGUCCCCGCGCCUCGCUACACGAACACUGAUAAUGUAUCAUCUACGUCGAUUGUUAAAAGACUGUUCUGUGUUUAUUGCAAAAAGUACGGACAUAUUCGUGAUGAGUGUUUAAAAUUAGCGUCAAAAACGAAAUUCGACAACGAAAAUACGCAAGCUGUAUCCUCGUGUUACGGGUGUGGUACCAAAGUUGUUACUCGGUCUCAGUGUACAAAGUGUAACGCAAGUUAUUACGCCUUCGACGCUGCACGGACCCGAUCAGUCACAUCCGAUUUACCUAUUGGUAAAGUAAAUACACAGCUGUCAAGUUCAGUGAACUCUAUUCAUCGCGACAGCUCGUUGCAUACAGCUUGCACUUCAAACACCGUAAAGUCGUCCAUUUAUAUUAAUAAUCGUAAACAAUGUUUUGUUGAUAAUGAAAAUAAUUAUUAUCCUACCGAUUUUAAGGCGAUUCUUCCUCCGCGCUUUUUCGGUACUGAUAACAAGGUUAGACUUCAAAAUUAUUCUAGACUUAAUCAUAAUAUAAACAAUAAUAUUAGUUCUAGGAAUAGGCCCCUGAUGCGUUACUCGAGUGGUACCGAACCAAAACAUAGUUAUUCCGAGGUACCAAGUGGCCGCGAUAGGGUGACCAUGAUGAACGAAAAUAGGGUGACCAUGGAAAACGUCGGACAUUUUUCGACAAUUAAUUCUAAUGUGAAAAGUGUUGCCCAGAGUAACUCUACUGAGCACCAGGUUAGGUUAAGACCAAUUUUAAGUGUUCAAAUGUUAGGUAUACGAGGUAAUGCUUUGUUGGAUACGGGAGCUAAGAGUAGCGUUGCCGGAGCGUUGCUUUAUGAAUUGCUGUUAAAGCAUAACCAUCCGUGUGAGGAAACCAGGCGUCGGGUGAGGCUUGCAGACGGUUCCGCGCGCACCCGCCGAGUUUUGCUCACUACUCUAGAAGUAAGGAUAAGUCCCGAAAGGAGAAUGGAGACAUCUUUAGGGUGGGGGGAGCCCCAACCCUUUACGCCGAGCACCACAUUGAUACCGGUGAUCAUCCGCCUAUAUCGGUACCGCCGUAUAGGCUCACUCCUGUGCUUCAACAGCGAGGAGAGGUUCUCGCAAUCGAUUUGUUCGGGCCACUGCCAGAAGGAGAGCAGGGGGAGCGAUGGGUACUCCUGGUAGAGGAUGUAGCUACAAGAUGGGUAGAACUCUACGCACUUGUUGAUGCCACCGCCGUGGCUUGCUCCCGAGUCCUACUGGAAGAGUAUUUCCUUCGUUAUGGCUUGCUUAUGCGUCUAGGGGUGUAACACGUAAGUUCAUGCCACGACGGGAUGGCCCGCAUCGCGUAGUAAAUAUAGUUAGUCCUACAACGUACUUCAUAGCAGACUUGUCAAACAAUGUCAUCGGCAAGUAUCACACCGCAGAUUUAACCCACUCUCCGUCAAAUUCAAGUACGGAUCCAAUUAUGCCAAAGAGGCAGAGAGGAAGGCCGCGUCUUCAGACUAACAGUCCCAAGUUGGACUCGGGACGCGUUCCCAACUUGGAGGGGGAGUAUGUAACGCAGCGUUCCGUUUCGCGGGGCAACAGCAGCCAAAGAGAAUGUGACUGAGGUCCGUGCCGCGACGACCCACCCCGCGCUACCCGCGCCCGCGCAUCUGUUGCAUCAUUCGCACCCCCAAUUAUGGCAAUUAGUGCGCGCCAGACUUUGAAGCGGAAUACACGCGUCCCCGGUCGAUACCGGAACUGACAACCCGAGAGUCUCAUGCCAGUCGGGCACCUAACAUUAAAACACUAAUUAAUUGAGCGUUUCAUUAGCUUUUAAGCUGAGUGACUAUUUAUAAUUUAUUUUUAUUAAGUAAUAAAUGAGCAAAAAAUAAUACUUAACAAAAAGAUAUGAAAUCCGAACAAAAACAGUUUCACUGUAAAAAAUUGCGCCAAGUCCACGUUUAUAAAACUCAUCUCAAUAACAUUUGCACUUUACAAAAAAAAGAAGACUUCAAUAGCUUUCAUUCUCUACAAAAAUAUGUGAAAUACAAAAAAAUACCAAGAAACCGUCAUAAAGAUGAAAAAAUUAAAAAUAAAUUGUUGAAAAUUUUAAAAUAAAAAAAUAAAAAUUUUAUCGUACUUGGCGCGCGUCAUUGAGUACCCCAAAUUUUUCAGGAUAAAUGAACAUCCUUUCAAUGUUUAGAAAUUUAUAAGUAGGUCAACCUAUGAAAUGCAUAAAUGUAAUUAAUGAAUUAUUAUUUCAUAAUAAGUUUUACAAAAGUUAAGUAAAAUCGACAUCUCAUACGUAUGUUAUUUGAAUUUUUUUCAUUUCCCACUCAUCUUUUAUGAUUUGAACUAAACACCCUCUCGUGUUCGCUUAUACAAAUACAAACUACUUACGAGUCGAUACGUAUGUAUACGUUGGCUCCAAAACAUUUGAAAAAAUUCUCAAAGAUGUUUUUCAAAGGGUAGAAAAGAAUAAUAAAGUUUCAGCUGAAUCUAAAGGGGUCGGACGCAAAAGUGGUCGAUUUGGCAUAUAAUAGCCCAUAGGUAUAUAGUGAGAGCUGUUGAAAAUUACCGUAGUUCUGUCUCAAUUUCUCAUAAAACGCUAACAAGAGCGAAAAAGACAACCUGGGUAACUUUUUCAGCUUUCACUGUAUAUUAAAGCAAAAUGGUUUUUUUCUCGGGUUGAAAUUCUUCCGAAAAAUUUUGGGGUACUCAAUGACGCGCGCCAAGCACGAUAAAAUUUUUAUUUUUUUAUUUUUAAAUUUUCAACAAUUUUUUUUUAAUUUUUUCAUCUUUAUGACGGUUUCUUGGUAUUUUUUUGUAUUUCACAUAUUUUUGUAGAGAAUGAAAGCUAUUGAAGUCUUCUUUUUUUUGUAAAGUGCAAAUGUUAUUGAGAUGAGUUUUAUAAACGUGGACUUGGCGCAAUUUUUUACAGUGAAACUGUUUUUGUUCGGAUUCGUAGAACACACGCGUAAAUUAUCGUGUUCACCUUUUUAUUAAAGUCAGGUUUUUGGUGAACGUCUUUCUAUGAAAAUUCUUGACAGCUCUAAAAACGAUUUACUGAUAUUCACGUAGAAAUUUGAUUUGUCAAAAGGAUUAGCAAAGACUAGAAGUCUAACAAAGACUAUUAAAUUUACGGAGAAGGCAAAUUUUAAUUAUUAUUUCAAUUUUAAGAAUAGGUUUUUUACUUGUUACAUUUAUUUCGCAUUCAUUCGUAUUUUAAACUAGCGACCCGCCCUCGCUUCGCUUCGCAAACAUUAAAUUUUAUUAUUGAUAGCAGAGUCCCGCGAUGUUACCCGCGGUUAUUGUCGUACCACGGGCAGGGACGUCUUAAACUAGGAUGGGGCCCUUGGGCACACAAGAAUUUGAGGCCCUUUUGGAAAGUAAAAAAAGCGAAUUAUAAUAACAUUUUUGAAGUGAAACUUCUUUAUCGGCGUUGGAAAAAAAUUUACCGUCACAUUUUUCGGUUACGCGUCACAUUUUUCCGUUACGCGCCAUCUUUUUCUUCACCAUUCAUUGUUGCCGUACACAAGUGAAGGUGCCUCUUUACUCGGUAACAAUAAUUAUAAAAUACCGAUGAUUUUAAGUGGAGAUUUUAAUGUAAAUUUUGCAUCGGAAAAUUCUUUGAAGCUAGUUGAAUUUCUGAAAGAUAAAUUGAAUUUAUCCAUGAAAAACAGUCCUCAAACGUCAACAACAAGAUCUGGCACUACAAUUGAUGGAGUUUUUACUCGGUCACUAAAUUUCGUGGAAUGUAAACCAUAUAUUUCAUAUUUCAGUUACCAUAAGCCAUUAAUUACAAAAAUAUAUAAUGACAAUGACAAUGAUAGUAAUAAUUCUAUUACAAUUAAUGAAAUGCUGUAAUAAUCUUAGUAGCAAAAAGGUAAAGUGAAAUAAUUGUAUUAUUUGUAUUCAUGUCUAUGAUAAUAAAAUCCUUUUGUUUAAACUUUAUCUAAUUUAACUUUAUUUAACCAAUUUCUAGAAAGUUGAAUGUAGAUCAUUUUUCGAAAAAUAAGGCCAUAAACAAGUUUCACUUCUUACGUGUGUACACUAGUACACGCACACAUUUUUUUUUACUGAGUAUGACCAUUUAUUAUAGGUAAUCAAAUACAGUAUGAUAUAAUAUGUCAUUAAUGAUAUUAGAAUGCUGCUGGUUUUUUGGUUACGAUUUCGAUAACGGUUUCAUUCGGGAUUUCUGUUGAGCAAAAUCUUCUAUUAUAGGCAUAGUAUAUGCCAUGUGAUUACUGAUUUGUGAAAAAUGUGCCGGACAAAAAUGUUUUGAGAAUAAACGUGUGAGAGAAAUUGUCGGUCUUUCGGGGCCCCCUGAGAAUGGGGGCCCUGGGCACGGGCCCCGUGUGCCCUUAUGGUAAAGCCGGUAUUGACCACGGGUGAAGCCGCGGGGUGAAGCUAGUCUAAAAAAAGUAGUUUAAGUUACUCCUUAUAUCAUCAGCUGCAUAUCAGUGAAAGUCCCGUCAAAAUCGGUCCAGCCGUUCCAGAGAUUAGCCGGAACAAACAGACAGACAAAAAUUGUAAAAAAUGCUAUUUUGGUGUAUGUACCAUUCAUAUGCAUGUAUUAAAAAGCGGUUAUUUCAAUAUUACAAACAGACACUCCAAUUUUAUUUAUAUCUAUAGAUAUAUAAUAUUUUGCACCUUGACAUACGAGGUUAGUCUUAAUUAUAUAGUAUAAGUAUUCCAGCCCUCUAAGGGUGGAUUCGACCAAACUUAAAUUUAUACUCGAGUAACUAUACGAGGAAUAACCUAUUCCAUGAUUUUAAUCUCGAGUAAAUCCAUAGUCGUUUUUCCACGUAUACUUGCGCUAGGAAUAACAAUACGCGAAUAGCAGAGUGAAUGGUGAACAAAAAUAAAAUCCGGCAAAUAAAUGUUGUUGUUCAACGGCAUAGUGUAAGAGCAUACAAAUCGUCAACUCGAUUUUGCCGUAUUUUAAUGUGAAAAAGUAGCUGUUGUGAAAGAUAUCCAGCUGUCAAACGUAUUAUUUUUAUUUGUUGUUUGUUUGAGGGAAUUGUCAAGUUUUGUCGUGUGGUUUUAUCUUUUUUCGUUUAAACGUUGCAUUAUACAAUGCCAGACUAUUAAUAGUAAUUUUGUGCAUUGCGUUGACUUGAAAUUAAAACAGAAUAAAUAUUUAUGAAAUGACAGAAA